AUGUUGUUCGACAAGCACUCCCGAGGCAGAGGGGCCGUCUGGCCAUCCAUCCUGGUUGGUCUGUUCGCUUCCUUCGGUGGUAUUCUAUAUGGAUACGACACGGGCACGAUCUCGGGCAUCCAGACCAUGCCGUUCUGGCUGGAUGAGUUCGGUCAUCCUGGUUCGGGCCGGAUCGCGUUGAUCGUCUCGAUUCUGUCCGUCGGUACCUUCGUGGGCUCGCUCUCCGCGGGUUACCUGGCCGAUAUCACUGGUCGACGAUGGGGAAUCAUCUUGUCCGUGAUGAUCCCCUUCAACCUCGGUGUUGCCCUCCAGACUGCCGCCACCGCACAACCUAUGUUUAUCGCUGGUCGAUUCUUCGCUGGUCUUGGUGUCGGGUUGGUCUCUGCGCAAGUCCCAAUGUACCAAUCCGAGACGCUGCCCAAGUGGAUCAGAGGCGCGAUUGUUGGUUGCUACCAACUGUGUAUCACCAUCGGUCUGUUCCUGGCUGCCAUUGUCAGCUGGGCUACCCAGAACAGAGAUGACAGCGGUAGCUACCGCAUUCCACUUGCUAUCCAAUUUGCAUGGGCGAUCAUCCUGGCCGCCGGACUCCUCGUCCUGCCCGAGACCCCUCGCUUCCUCAUCAAGAAGGGAAACACCGCCCAGGCUAUCAAAUCUCUGGUCUUCCUCCGCCGCCUCGAUGCGGAGGACCCCGAGCUCCUCGCUGAGCUCGACGAACUGAAGGCCAGCUGGGAAUACGAGCAGUCCCUCGGCUCUUCCUCCUACAUCGAAUGUUUCAAGGGCACCCACGGAAAGCGCACCCUCACCGGAAUCCUCGUCCAGUCGCUCCAGCAGCUCGUCGGUAUCAACUUCAUCAUCUACUACGGAACGAGCUACUUCGCCGAGAAUGUCAACGGGCUGCCCAGCUCCUUCAUUCUGCAGGUCAUUGUCAACUCCGUCAACGUGGCUAUGACCUUCCCCGGUCUGUGGGCGAUUGACCGUUUCGGUCGCCGCCCUGUCCUCUUGACUGCCUGUGGCGCCGCGACCCCGAUCACCAACUUCUCCUCGCAAUGCGCCCAGUUCGCAUUCAUCUGCAUCUACAUCUCGUUUUUCGCAUCCACCUUUGGCCCCUGCGCCUGGGUUGUCACCGGCGAGAUCCCCUCCCUUCGGUUGCGAGCCAAGACCCUGUCCAUGACCACCGCCGCCAACUGGUUCUUCAACUGGCUGCUCUCCUACAUCACACCCUACCUGACCGGCGCCCUGAACCCGACCCAGUCCAACGUCUUCUGGAUCUGGGGUAGCUUCUGCUGGAUUGCGGCGGUCUUUGUCUACUUCAUGAUCUACGAGACCAAGGGCUUGAGCCUGGAGCAGGUCAACGAGCUCUACGAGAACGAGUCACGGGCGUGGAGGAGCUCCAAGUAUCGGCUGCAGGAGACCCCUAUUGUUGAUGAAUGGGCAACGAAGGACACCGAGAUGGCUGUCCAUAUGGAGAACUAA